AUGUCGAGCGAUUCACAACGUUCGAAGAAGACGCUGGAACGGCUUGACGAUGGCAGGCCGCGAUUCCGUGGCUGUUCGAAAAUCACCGAGUAUGAGUAUUUGGGCAAGCUGGGAGAGGGUACCUUUGGCGAGGUUUCAAAGGCACGGUCAAAGAGAACCGGACAGUUGGUGGCGCUGAAGAAGAUUCUGAUGCACAACGAGAAGGAUGGCUUUCCCAUUACUGCGCUGCGGGAAAUCAAACUUUUGAAACAACUGGACCAUGUCAACAUCCUGAAGCUGGAAGAAAUGGCGGUUGAGCGGCCCAAGAAUGCGAGUAAGAAGACGAGCAUGUUCAUGGUGACGCCUUAUAUGGACCACGACCUCUCCGGCCUCCUUGAGAAUCCCGAUGUGCACUUCACCGUGCCCCAAAUCAAGUGUUAUAUGAAGCAACUACUCCAGGGAUGCGCAUACCUGCAUGAGAACAGAAUCCUACAUCGCGACAUGAAAGCCGCCAACCUGCUCAUCAACAACCGAGGAAUCCUCCAGAUCGCCGAUUUCGGCCUGGCACGGCCCUACGACGAUGAGCCGCCAAGGCCCGGCCACGGAGGAGGCGAGGCCACACGAGAAUACACCACGCUUGUGGUCACGAGAUGGUAUCGUCCGCCUGAACUUUUGCUUCAGCUGCGCAAGUACACGACUGCCAUCGACAUGUGGGGGGUUGGCUGCGUCUUUGGGGAAAUGUUCAAGCACAAGCCUAUCUUGACCGGAGACAGUGAUCUCAAUCAAGCGAAGCUGAUAUUCGAACUGCUGGGACCGCCAAAUGAUGAUACUAUGCCGGGCUGGCGAGAACUCCCUGGUGCCGAGGCGAUCGCAGAAUUUGAACCGACACCGCCAACGCUCAAUCGCCAAUUUCGCGAUCUCGAACCCCUGGCUAUGUCAUUGCUGAGCGAACUGCUGAAGCUCGACUGGCGGAAACGUAUCAAUGCUAUUGACGCACUGAAACACCCCUACUUUCAUAGCGCGCCCUACCCUGCGGGACCCGAAGAAUUGCCCUCAUUCGAGGAUUCACAUGAAUUGGAUCGACGAAAAUUUAGAGAUCAGAAAUCAAAGCGACCACCUGCACCUGCUGGCGGAUCCGUGGGUAUCGGUCCGCAAGGCGAAUGGGGCAUCGGCGGACGGCCUCCGCCGUACGAUGGCAGAGGCCCUGUGAAUCAUGGUCCUCCUUCUCGUAUUCCUGGCGGCAGGCCACCACAUGCCAACGGUCACAACCAAGGCUAUGGUCGCCGACCUCCUGGCCCUCCUGGUCCGAAUGGCGCCUAUGGUGGCGGCCCUGAUCAUCGUGGACCGAUCUCUCAUCAUCCUCCACAUCGAGACUUGCCACCUUCUGACCAACAUCAUCGUCCUCCACCCUACGACGAUGCUUACCCACGCCGACCUCCUGCGGAGCACUCGUUGCCGCCUCGUCCGCUGCCCUCAGAAGUCGAUCCUUAUCGCUAUGGUCCGCCGGAUUUCCCUCCCUAUCGCGACGAUGGGCGUGGUCCACCGCCGCCAAGAUCUCGAGCACCCCCUGUCGGAUCGGGCGGUGGAGCUCCAGCAGGCGGUCAUCGGGAUACUUAUAUUCCAUCAUAUUCGAGCGCAGAUCCCAACGUGGUUCCACCGAAACAGAGAUGGAGAGAUGACCGGCCACCGUACAGGGAUGCUGGACCUGACCAUGGCGAACCACUCCGGUAUGAUGAGUCCGGUGGUCGAGAAGGGCAUGAUCGAGACAGAGACCGAGAAAGACGGCCAAGGAGUAGAAGUCCAGUGCGGGACUGGGACCGGGACAGACGAGACAGGGAUCGUGAUCCGGACAGAGACAGGCACUACAGAGAUCGCGACAGAGACCGAGGGUAUGGCGGUGGCGGACAGGAUCCGUACCGUCGCUAG